AUGACAAAUAACGAACAUGACACUGACCAACAAGAUCAAGCAUCUUUUCAUGAAAAUGGUAUCGAUGAAAUCGUUACUACAAAUCGCCGUUCAUCAAUAAAAAAUUCCUAUAAUAAUUCUUCUAUAUCAUCUCCACCACCAUCAGAGCCUGUAGCUAUUUUAUUUGCUAAAGAUGAAAAAAAACGUUUAUCUCCCUAUGAAAAAUUAUUAUAUGAUUUACAACAUGACACCAGAUGGAAAGAAGAAGAAAAAGCUGGUAAAAGAAUAGGUUUCUUUCGAAUUAAGGAUGAUAUUGGAACAGGUAAUUUUUCUCAUGUUAAACUUGGGAUACAUUUGCUAGCAAAAGAAAAAGUUGCUAUAAAAAUAUUAGAUAAAAUAAAAUUAGAUGAACGUACACAACGUUUAUUAUUGAGAGAAAUAACAUCAAUGGAAGUAUUACAUCAUCCAAACAUUAUUCGACUCUAUGAGGUUAUUGAAACACCGAGUAAUAUUUAUAUAGUGAUGGAGUAUGCAUCUGGUGGUGAAUUUUUUACAAAAAUAACAACAAAUGGAAAAUUUACAGAAGAUGACGCUAAAUGUUAUUUCUCACAAAUAGUUGCUGCUGUUGAACAUUUACAUAGCCAUGGUAUUAUUCAUCGUGAUAUUAAAGCAGAAAAUGUAUUUUUUGCUCGAGAACGUUUAGUUAAAUUGGGUGAUUUUGGUUUUAGUACAUUUUCCGAAAAAAAUCAAACAUUGACAACAUUUUGUGGAAGUCCACCAUAUGCUGCUCCCGAGUUAUUUCGUGAUGAAAAUUAUAUUGGGAUCUAUGUCGAUAUUUGGGCCAUGGGUAUUCUGUUAUAUUUUAUGGUAACUGCUUUGAUGCCAUUUCGAGCAGAAAAUGUUGGCAAAUUGAAAAGAUCCAUAUUAGAGGGGAACUAUAUGGUACCCAGUCAUGUUAGUGAACCUUGUAAAACUUUGAUACGUGGUUUAUUGCAACCAGAACCUACUGACCGUUGUUCAAUUGAACAAAUUCGCACGUGUUCUUGGUUGAUAAAUGAAAUAUUUCCAGAAGCAUAUGAACCGUUACCAAUUAAUUUGGCAAAUGUUUGGGCAACAAACACUAUUCCAAAAGACAUGAGUUUAAUGGCACAAACCGCAAUUAUACCAUCCGAUUUACCACCACAAUCAUCAUUCGAAUAUGAAGCACAUUCUAUAUUAGAAGAAAUGGGUAUAUCAUCGAAUGUAUUUCGAGCAACAGAAAAUAAUGUAUUGACAAAUCGAGAUAGUGUCAAUGGUACAUAUCGUAUUAUUCUACAUCGUUUACAAAGGCAAUCAAAUCAAUUCGAACGCGAAGACAAUAAUGAUCGAUUACUAAAUGAAGAUUUAUCAUCAUCGUACACUAAUUAUACCCGAAGAAAUUCUAUUCAGAGUCAUCGUAAUACAGCAAGACAAGAUAGUGUGACAGCACGACGAGCGAGUGUGACAGAACGACGAGCGAGUGUGACAGAACGACGAGCGAGUAUCAUUGAUGAUGGUACACGAAGACAAUCAAUUAAUUCAAAACAACAUUCGCUAGUUAAACAAACAAAAGUUUGUACAAUAUUAUAG